AUGAAAUGGUACAGUAAUGAAAAUACUCAAGGCAAAGUAGACUACUCAACUUCUGAUGCGAUGGUCAAUUUAUGCAAGAGCAAAGGUGUUAGUAUCCGAGGCCAAAAUGUCCUUUGGGACGACCAAAAAUUUCAGCCAAAUUGGGUCCCUGCAUUGUCUCCACAACAACUCUCUGUUGCUGCUGGAAAAAGGGUUGCAUCCGUUGUUAGGAAAUAUAAAGGCCAACUUCUUCAUUGGGAUGUCAUGAAUGAAAAUCUUCACUUCAAAUUCUUCGAGAGUAAACUUGGUCCAAGUGCAUCUGCUACCUUUUAUCGUCUGGCUUCACAAUUUGAUAACAAAACACCUCUGUUUUUGAACGAUUAUAAUACCAUAGAAGUGCCAAGUGACGGACAAUCGUCACCAGCUAAUUAUCUUAGUAUGAUAAAACAAGUGAGAACAGGAGGGUACGCAGGUCCUCUUGGAAUUGGAUUAGAAGGACAUUUUGGUGCUCCGUCCAUACCUUAUAUCAGGGCCGGACUCGAUACACUAGCUUCUGCAAAAUUGCUCAUGUGGAUCACUGAGUUAGAUGUUAGACCAGAGCAAAAUCAGGCACAAGUGUUAGAUCAAGUUAUAAAGGAGAUAGUUGGACACCCAGCAGUUCAAGGAUUAAUAAUUUGGUCAGCAUGGAAACCAAAUGGAUGUUUCAGAAUGUGUUUAACUGAUAACAAUUUCAAAAAUCUACCCACUGGUGAUGUCGUGGACAAAGUUCGUACGAGUUUAUCACAUGAGGGUUUGAUUGGGACUACAAAUGCCGAGGGUUAUUUCGAGACUUCAUUAUUUCAUGGAGAUUAUAAAGCCAUUGUUACUCAUCCUUCCAUAACGGAUUCGUCCUUUGACCACAAUUUGACAGUUACACCCAUGGCUGAAAGUGAUGAGAAAUUAUCAUUGAGUUACAAAUUUACUGCUGCAUAA